UCGAGUCCGGAACACAAGGAGGAAACUGGAAGCUGUCGGGCGAGUUUCUACCGUUCUGGAUGUGAAUGGAGUGGUCCGCGAGCUCUGUCCUCCUCGAGACUCUCGGAGAAAACUUUCAAACAUUAGCGGUGUUGUAUGAAAAAUGACAGUUCGAGCCGUCAGAACUAUCGGAGGAUCAGAGCGUUAGUCUUAGCUAAGUUUGUCGCCAAUGGAGAAAUGGCGUCGGAGCUGAAAUUGAAUGGGAACGAACUUUUGGAAGUUGACAUAUGCGACGGCGGCGUGUUCUCCGAAGACGAGAGCGGCGUUUUUGUCAACUCGGCCGCCUCUCUCCAGGAGGAUUUCUCCGGCUUUCAGCAGUGGACGAGCACCGCUGAGUCACCGAAUGACACAUCAUCACCUCCGGGACAGCAGGAGGUCCCCAGCGAGCACGGAGCUCCUCCUGGCACCGGUACUGCCACCCAAAGGGCCAACUCGACCGGUGACAGUGACUCUGAACUCCAAGGUGAUGGACUUAAAGCUCCGAGGACGUCCAUAGUGGACUGCCUCUUGGUGGAGCUUUAUGAGACCUACAGUGGAGGCAGCAGGAGGAAUGUGGACAGCUGGGACAGCUCCACCGAGGCGUCUGGAUCAGAUGCUUUCCUGGGCCGCAGUAACUCCGGGUCCAGCUUCCUCCAGGAGCUCCAGGAGAAGCACACAAGGAGGCAUCAGAUGAACUACCUGGCCCAGAAAGCCCCUGAGGAGCUGCAUGCGAUCAUCCAGGAGGUGAAAUAUCGCACAGGCCUGCAGUCGGCCAAGCUGAUUCGCCAGCUGAAGAGACGAGACCGACUCCACCACAAACUGCAGAAGAACUAUGACAUUAUCACAGCGUGUCUUCAAGCUGUCUCACAGAAACGACGAGUUGACACGAGGCUGAAGUUUACCAUUGAACCAUCGCUGGGAAAGAAUGGAUUCCAGCAGUGGUACGAUGCCCUUAAAGCAGUGGCCAGGCUUCCUACUGGGAUACCAAAGGAAUGGAGGAAGAGGGUUUGGCUAACAUUAGCAGACCAGUACCUGCACAGUAUCUCUAUUGACUGGGAGAAGACUCUUCGUUUUGCCUUUAACGAGCGUAGCAACCCAGACGACGACUCCCUCGGAAUUCAAAUCGUCAAGGACCUGCACAGGACUGGCUGCAGCUCUUAUUGUGGCCAGGAGGGAGAGCAGGACAGGGUGGUGCUGAAGAGGGUGCUGCUCGCAUACGCCCGCUGGAAUAAAGCUGUGGGUUACUGCCAAGGAUUCAAUGUCCUGGCUGCUCUCAUACUGGAAGUUACAGAGGGAAAUGAGAGCGAUGCACUUAAGGUCAUGAUCUAUCUGAUUGACAAAGUGCUGCCAGAAAGUUAUUUUGCCAACAACCUUCGAGCACUGUCAGUGGACAUGGCGGUGUUCAGAGACCUUCUGCGUCUAAAGCUGCCCAGACUGUCCCAGCACCUCCACCACCUUCAGAAAGCAGCCAACAGGGAGGCUGGAGGCAGUUACGAGCCUCCACUGACCAACGUCUUCACUAUGCAGUGGUUCCUUACCAUGUUCGCCACCUGCCUGCCGGCGUCCACCGUGCUGAAGAUCUGGGACUCGGUUUUCUUCGAGGGGUCGGAGGUGCUGUUUCGGGUGGCCCUCGCUAUCUGGGAGAGACUGGGAGAGAGGAUCGAGUACUGUCAGACAGCAGAUGAGUUUUACAGCACGAUGGGUUGUCUCACUCAGGAGAUGCUGGAGCACAACCUCAUCGAUCCUACUGAACUCAUGCAGGAGGUUUAUUCCAUGGCAGUGUUUCCUUUCCCUCAACUGGCUGAGCUGAGAGAGAAAUACACCUACAACAUCACUCCGUUCCCUACCUCAGUCAAAUCCAAUGGAAGUGGUGGUCUGGGCAGCUGGGAGAGCGAUGAUGACGCCGACAUGGAUGAUGAAGACUCUGUGGUGACUGCACUCGGUUGUCUCGGGCCCCUGGGUGGCCUACUGGCCCCUGAGCUGCAGAGAUACCAGAAACAUCUCAAAGACCAGCGAGCAGAGCAGGGAAACAUUGCAGAGCUGAGCCCAGGAGCAGUGGGAGCCGGAGGGGCAGGCGGAGGAGUCGGAGGAGGCGCCAGGGCGGAGCAUCAAGCAGCCAUCAACAGCAUGAUGAUGGAGCGGAUGAGCACCGACAUCUACGCCCUGAAGAAGCAGUACACACGCAUCAAGAGGCGGCAGCAGCAACAGGCUAUGCAACUCUACAUACGCACAGGACUUGGACCUGAAGUGGCCACAAGUCCAGGAGUUCUUCAGGAGUCUCUCAACAGCGACAGUACCAGCCAACAAACUGAGGACAAGUGCCCAGCCACCCGUGUCCUGGCCUCUCAACUCAACCCUUCCAGCUCUGUGAUCAACCACCUCCUUCUGGGUCGGAAACCACGCGGAAGUCCCUGGGGCUCCAGACCCACAUCCACUAGCACAUCCACACUGCCAGGGGCUCGACCUGCUUUUCAGUCCCAGAGCGAGGGCUCCCCGGCCAGGCAGCGCUGUGGCUCAUUGCCCUCCAAUAGCAGUGGAUCUCCAGGCAGCUCUGGAGGAGGCACCGGGUCACCUUGGCGUGCUCAUGUCCGGGUUCAUCGGAGGAAUAUAGCCAGGGCUCGAGCACAGCUGGGCUUUGAAGAUUCAGAGGAAAGAGAAGAUGACAAGGAGGAGGAAGGAAGAUCAGUGAGACUGGAGGGUGAAGAGGAGACAAAAAUUGAGGAAACCAAGAGAGAGGAUGAGAAACAGGAAGAGGGGAGUGACACCUCCGUUUCUCCACCUCGUGAUCUCUCUUUUACAGGGUCUGUAUGUGAAGAAGCUCCACAGGUUGUGGAUGAGACAAAAGAAGCAGAAAUUGCAGAGGUGGUGGUGCAACUGGACUCCCUGGAUCUAGAGGACGAGUCAAACCUGACCUCCCCCAUCAGUACAAACCCAGAAACACGGCCAACACUCCCAGAGUCUAAACCUGCACCCCAAGUCCCUCCACUCCCUCCUCCGCCAUCCUCAAACAGACACAAAGAGUCCGAAUCCUCAGGUUCAGGAAGCUCUGACAGACACUUUCCCUCCAUUGUGCUACCUCCACCUCACCACUCCUCCAACUCCGGCAUCCCUUCUUCUUCCCCAUCCACCCCGAGUCCACCCCCCUCAGCGGUCCCAACAUUGCCUUCUCUUGGUCCAUCCUGCUCAUCCUCUCCUAGACCACCCUCCACGCCAACACCAAGCUCCACAUUCCACCUCCCAUCCUCUUCAUCAGUUAAUAGCUUAUCUGCUCUCUCUCUUCCUGCCUCCUCCGCCUUUUACAAAACUUCCUGCCCUUCCACUCCCUCACUCUCUUCUGUCUCCUCAUCUUCCAAAUCUCGUAUCUCCGCCUCUCCGUCAACCCCAGCGUUCUCCUCCACCACCUCCACUCCUAAACAGCACGUCUUCUCCCCGUUCCCUUGCGUAAAGCAGCCGAGGAAAUCAGCCGCAGCUAGAAACCUCGGUCUCUACGGCCCCACAUCCAGAACACCCACCGUACACUUUCCCCAGCUCAGCCGCAACCUCAACCGAAGUAGUGCUGCCGGCACCACCGGGAGUCGAUGAAAUCCUGAGCGCUCCUGAACUGAUGCUGGGAACACACAGUUAUUACAUGAUAUGAAAAAUCAUUCUAUAAUUACACCGUGUUGCCUCCUGCGUAUCAAAAUAACCCAUAUCUUAUUUAAAGUGGAGUGAAAGUUCUAGAAAUGUAAAGUUGAAAUUCGUGGAGAAGUUGCCUGAUUAUCAGUACUGAAGGAGGAAGGUUGUGGUUCACCUGAUAAAAGGGUCAUCCUGAAAUUCACAAGCCAUUACAGACAAACAUUAAAGAACUAGUAAGUGUGAAGGAAAUUUCUUUAUGGUUUGUUUAGUGUUUCAGCUGCAUCGGAUCCGUAAAGCCGAGGAGGGUGGAACACAGGACUAUAGGACUGUCACAGUAUAAAGCCCUUUACAGUGGCCUAUGCAGGUCCUUCUAGACCAUAAUUAAUACAUGACAGACAAAGAUGAGACAUUAGAUGUGAAGGCAAACACAUUCUACAUGGUGUCUUCGGUGAGGCAUUAAGUUACACUUGGUUCUGGAAACCUGUAUCUCUUGAGGAAUGAGGAUUCUCCCCGGACUGACACAUGAGGGGACUCUGGCCUGGACAAACGUGUCCUUCUGGACUCACUGAGACCAUAUGUAUCAACACAUUGAAGUACCUUUUUCAUAUGUGAUUACACAAUAGCCAUCCAGCUGUUUCUAUGCCAAGUAUUUAAAGAAAUAACAACACAAGAAAUAAGGUAUACCUAAGAAUUAAUGUAAAUGAAGAAUCAUGAAAACAUAAUGUGUGUGUGCCCCCAAAAAAACCUCCUGCCCACUCAUAAAACUUGUGAUGUCCUGAAGCACUGCACAUCUUUUGUUCUCUGUGUGAUGGUGAAAUAAUUCUCUGUGUGUGAUGUGUCUCGACUGUUGAACACGAGGAAUGUAAUGUCUCGAUCAAAAAUGAAGUAAGUGUGAAUGAGAAUGUGACUGAGACCAGCUUGGACAAGUUUUGUUUUGGCCAUUGGAAGGUGAAUACAGUAUAAAUGAAAAAUGGAAAAUCUAAAUGUAAGUCAAGGUUUUCAUUCUGAAACAUGACCAGAAUUUAAGUGGUGUUCAGAUAUGGUAAAUGUAAUGUGAUGCUUUAUACGUCAGAAGCAGAAAAAAUAUUAUAUCAACUCACAUUAGUUGCUGUGUUUACAGAAAAUACUGAAAGCAUUCCUAUUUGGAAACUUACCACAAGGCUGCUGCUUGUCACUGGGCUUUAAAUGCAGUCCAGACAGACUGGAAAAAUCCCAGUAUGGUCAGUCAUGUCAUGGCCUGGAGAAACAACAACAACCUCUCAGUGGAAUAAAUGUCACAGCUGCAGCAUAACAUCCUGCUUUCAGCACAGAUGUUGCCAAGAGAAGGGAUUAGUCAAAAUGCAA